UGUAUACUUGGUCUCUUUGUGGCCAAACCUUUUCUAUUCAUAACGAGACUACUUCCCACUCCACGCCCCUCUCUAAUUAUCCUCCUCCCCCAAUUCUCAAAUCUCUAUGUGUGCGCGUUUGUGUGUGAAAAAUCCUCUAUAAUCUUUCGUGGCAUAAUACUCAUAUCAAGAUAUGGAAGCGGCUUCAAGUGCAGCUCUAACACCUCAACUGCGCCAUUCUAUUGACAGUAAAAAUCCCAGUUUUUCUUCCGUUUCUUAUCCAUUACCUUCCUGUAAAUUGAAUCAGAGCGUCAAUCCCAUUGCUAUUCCAAGUUUGUCAUGCCGAAGAAGUCAAACUGGGAAGGCUAGAAGAUCUCUUCGUGUACAUGGUCUAUUUGGUGGAAAAAAGGAUAACAAUGAUAAGAGUGAUGAUGGUUCUUCAAAGGCUGGAAUAUUAGGAAACAUGCAUAACCUCUACGAGACUGUAAAGAAGGCACAAACGGUUGUCCAAGUGGAGGCAGUACGUGUACAGAAAGAACUUGCUGCAGCAGAGUUUGAUGGUUACUGCGGAGGUGAAUUAAUAAAGGCAACACUUUCUGGGAACCAACAACCUGUACGGAUUGAGAUAACUGAGGCUGCAAUGGAACUGGGACCUGAAAAACUCUCUCUUCUGGUCAAUGAGGCAUACAAGGACGCGCACCAGAAGAGUGUUCUGGCUAUGAAAGAAAGAAUGAGCAAUCUCGCCCAAAGCUUAGGAAUGCCACAAGGGUUAAGCGAGGGACUGAAGUGAAGACUCAGAUACUCUGCCUUCAGUUUUGUAGACGAGCUUCAGCCUCGUUUAUGAUCUGUUAACCUACAAGUUUAUGUUAUACAGUUGAUGUAAAGAAUGCAAUGUUUCUAUUGUCUUUGAUUUUCAAGUGCUAUAUUUGCUGCAAAACUUUAUUAUCUUGGUUCA